AUGGAUCAGACCCAAGAGCUGCGACGAGCCUACUAUCCACGCCCCGACGCCGCGAGCUCCUCCAGGUCCACCAAAGCCGCCGGCUUGGAGCAGGUGGAGACCGUGCGGUGCGCGUGCUGCGGUGUGGCGGAGGACUGCACGGCGGCGUACAUCCGCGGCGUCCGCGCGUCCUUCUGCGGCGACUGGCUGUGCGGGCUGUGCGCGGAGGCGGUGAAGGAGCGGGUGCGGAGGGACCCGUCGGGCGGCGUGGCGGCGGCGCUGGUGUCCCACGAGGCGGAGUGCAGGGACUUCAACGCGACCACGAGGCUGAACCCGACGCUGUCGCUCGCGGGCUCCAUGCGGCGCAUCGCGCGCCGCAGCUUCGACCGGAGGACGUCGUCGUGCCAGGAGCGUGGCCUCCGGGCCCCGGCGUUCACGAGGUCCGCCAGCUGCGACUAGGGCUGCUAACGGGUUAGGUCCAUUCAGGUUCUACGGGUUGGGUUCUAGUUUGGGUCUAUUUAGAGGGGUCCAAAUGUGUCAAGGUUGGGCGGGUUCGCUGGAGAAACGGGUUGGGGUGGGUUGUACUGAGUUCAAUUCUUGGGUUCAACCCGCGGGUUCCUUCCGUCUCGACCCAAAUCCUC